AUGCAGCGGCGAGGCGACGAUACCGAGAAAACACAGGAAGGCCAAAUGGCUUGGAUACGGUGGAGCAGAGGCACUGAAGUUUGGAUGGGCAAGGCUGGGGAAUUUGAUGGGGAGCUGGCGAAAUGGAUUAUCCAGGCCAGCGUCGAGGACGACGAGUUGACAGGCAGCUUCAGGAGAAGGGAUGCUACGGAAGCUGAGAUUUUUAGUCUGGUCGUUUAGACAAUAUUUACGACAUUCUACUAGAAUUUCGAAAUCGGCAAGGAAUUUCUGCCAUGAACGGAACAUGGAACGUCAGCAACAACAAAAACCCAACGGAAGAGACGCCGGAAGCAGAUAUCCAAGUAGAAGGAGCAGGUAUCGAAAGCGGUGGUCAGGAUGGUGUUGACGGCCUGGAUGAAUAGGCCGAGGUCGGGGCACAGACGGUAGGCUGUUGUGGGAGGAAUGACCUUCAGCUACGCACCACUUCCGACCGGGAAACCUCUUCCACUCCGGUGCGACAAGUACUAGAGCUGCCACGGAGCUUGGUCGUACUGGUCCUCGUGCUAACCCAUUUUACCCGUUUGCUAUUACUGCAGAUGAAGAAGCAGGGAGAGACGCAGCGACGGGCUCUGGAACCAAGGAUGGUCUGAUACAAGCAGGUGGCGAUUGUGUUGGUACGGGCUGAAUAAGUAGAUUGGGCAUGACGGACCAAUGACCUCGAUGGGCUCCGGGAUAAAGAGGAGCUAUAUCAUGGGCAAACUUCGUAAUCUCAGACCUCAGUUGUGUGAAGAGAAGUAGAUGGUGCAGAAUGUGAUGGCUCGGAAAAACUAUGCAUCUCGGCCAUUUGAGUAAACGGGGCGGCCGACAGGGAGUCACAAGCGGGGACUAAAAUGUACUGAAAUUCCGGUGGAAAGUUAUCCGCUGUCAACGCCUGAUUAUAUCGCAGAUUGGGAAGGAGAUUUUCUGGUGUUCUGAGGGAGUCACCAAUUUGUCGAAAAUGGGACGGCAACGCUAGAGUUCUCGAAGCACACGUCAUGGAAGAGAGACUAGGUUGGGCAAGCGCAAUUAGGGCGAGGGAGAGCAUAAAGGGAGCUCAGCAAGCAGUUGCAGUGAACCGUCUCCUAAGGCCAAUGUUAACCGUUGGUGUUCGUAGGCAUCUAGCGCGUGCGUUUGGAAUCUGUCCGAUUGCAGCCAGUCAGCGAAAAACGCGGCCUUGAAUGGCCCAGGGCUCUCGCAAUGCUUGUGGCAAGCCAUACGCGGGACUCCAGCCACCGAUUGACAGGGAACAUGAGGCAGAUAGAAAAGCAGCAAAAGAAAGCGGCCACGCCGGCGACUACGGGGAUCAAUUGUCACACGCCCUCAUACCUAGUAAUUCUGCUCUCUUUCCCAUUCCCCCUUCCCUUUCAGCAGGAAAAAGUUCUACGAAAGGGCGACAUGGACUGCCGUAAGCGGUCCAGGCUAACUCGUGCCGUCUUUCGCUAAACAAAGUUGUGAACUGUGAUGGAGUUUAGCAGUCGUCUUGGAUGUCUAGGCAUCCAUAUUUAGGAAUGGCACUAUCUAUCCCCUCGAGGGAAAGGGGUCCAGAAAAGGUGCCUAAAGUUAAUGUCGGGAAAUCAUGCCGCCUUUAAGCAUACUGUGGCUCGUAGGUGCAAAACUGACAGUCGAAUAAAUAACAAACAACAGCACCCCGCGUUCCUAUCCCCUCGACCCCUCCCUACAGGUCAACAAAGUGAAUCUGUUCACUCUGACAGUCGGGAAUGUUCGUUUCCUCUUAGGUAACCUGUGGAGCAACCGACCAGAAAGGAGGAUGACGCUGGUCGCUCAAGAACUAGCACGCCACAAGGUGGACAUCAGCGCUCUCAGCGAGGCUCGCAUCUCCGAAAAGGGCCAUCUGGAGGGAAUGGGUGCCGGCUAUACAUUCUUCUGA